AUGACGAUCUUCGCGGUCAUCUGCGCCGGCACGUUCCCGGGCAUCCACGUCGGGCGCGUCUGGAUGGCCUGGAUGCUCUUCCCGCUCCCGAACUCCAACGCGAUCUGGCCGAACUUCCGCUCCCCGCUGCUGUGGGACGUCUUCGCGGUCGGCACGUACUUCACCGUCUCGACGCUGUUCUGGUACAUGGGCAUGAUCCCGGACAUCGCGACCCUCCGCGACCGGGCGACCCUGCGCCGGAACAAGCCGGUGACCUUCGGCCCGCUCUGGGCGCCGCACCCGCUGCCCAAGUUCAUCGCGACCAAGACCAUCACCCUCCCCGCGAACAUGAUCGCGAGCUACGUCUACGGCUUCCUCUCCGUCGGCUGGCGCUUCAGCGCCCGCCACUGGCACGAGUACGAGAAGGCGUACCUGCUCUUCGCGGGCGUCGCGACCCCGCUCGUGCUCUCGGUGCACUCGGUCGUCUCCUUCGACUUCGCGGUGUCCAUCCUCCCCGGCUGGCACACCACGAUCUUCCCGCCGUACUUCGUCGCGGGCGCCAUCUUCUCCGGCUUCGCCAUGGUGCUCACGCUGCUGAUCCCGGCGCGUGAGCUCUACCCGGGCAUGAAGGACUUCGUCACCGCGAAGACCAUGGAGAACAUGUGCAAGAUCAUCACCGUGACCGGUUCGAUGGUCGGCUUCGCGUACAUCAUGGAAUUCUUCAUCGCCUGGUACGGCGCCAACCCCUUCGAGCAGGACGCGUUCAUCCGGCGCGCCUUCGGCCCGUACUGGUGGGCGUACGCCGCGAUGUUCUUCUGCAACGUGCUCUCGCCGCAGGUGUUCUGGUUCAAGAAGGCCCGCACGACGGUGUGGUUCAUCUUCCUGAUCUCGAUCGUCGUGAACAUCGGGAUGUGGUUCGAGCGGUUCGUCAUCGUCACGACCCUCUCCUCGGACUUCCUCCCCUCGAGCUGGGCGUACUACAACCCGACGCUCGUCGACAUCGGCACCUUCAUCGGCUCGCUCGGCAUCUUCAUGACCCUCUUCCUGCUCUUCUGCCGCUUCCUGCCCAUGCUCGCGAUCAGCGAGGUCAAGAACGUCAUGCCCCAGGCCUCUGAACGCUACGGCCUGCUCGCCGAGUUCAAGGACGUGACCGCGAUCUACAACGCGGCGCAGAAAGUCCGCGACGACGGCUACACGAAGUGGGACGUCUACUCGCCGUUCCCCAUCCACGGGAUGGACGAGGCCAUGGGCCUCGGCCGGCCCAAGGUCUCCCUCUUCAUGGGCACCGGCGCCCUGCUCGGCGUGAGCGGCGCGCUGCUCAUGCAGUGGUGGAUGAACGGCGUGGACUACCAGAUCCUCAACGGCGGCAAGCCGCUGUUCGCCUGGGAGCAGGCGACGCCCGUCACCUUCGAGCUCGGCGUGCUGCUCAGCGCGUUCGGCUGCCUGGGCGGGAUGCUCUUCCUCAACAAGCUCCCCAUGCCCUAUCACCCGCUCAUGAAGAGCGACAACUUCCUCCGCUCGAGCGACGACAAGUUCUUCAUCGCCAUCGAGGCGGGCGACCCCAAGUUCGACGACCAGGCCACCGCGGGCUACCUCGAGAGCCUCGGCGGUUUCAACAUCGAGAAGCUGGAGGUCGCCGAGCUGCCGCCCCGGCAGUUCCUGCCCGACCUCGACGACCAGCUGAAGUACAAGGCGCAGUCCGAGUCGGUGUUCUUCUCCGACGGUCGCACCCAGCGGGUCCCGCCGGCGAACACGGUCGCCUUCGGCCGCCGCCCCUACACCGACGCCGUCGACGGCUUCACCAGCACCGGACGCGCCGUCUCCGUCGACUUCGCACAGCGGGCCGAGAUGCUCCGCGACGACGACGCGCUGUACCGCGGCCGCAACGCCGACGGCUCGCUCGUGAUGGACAUGCCCGUCCGUGUCACCGAGGAGCUCAUCGAGCUCGGACGCGAGAACUACAACAUCUACUGCAUCGUCUGCCACGGCGGCACCGGCGAGGGUGACGGCAUCGUCGGCCAGAAGUGGAGCUACCCGAUCCCGUCCUACCACGUCGAGGCCAUCCAGAAGGGCGGCUCGGCGGACAAGGGGUCCGACGGCUACAUCUACGACGUGAUCCGCAACGGCGUGCCCAACCCCGGCGGGGCCUUCCCGCUCAAGAUGCCGUCGUACGCGAACAAGGUCUCCGAGUAUGAAUCCUGGGCGAUCGUCGCCUACAUCCGCACGCUCCAGAAGGCCCGCAGCGGCUCGAUGGACGACCUGCCGGACCGCAUGCGAGGCGUCCUCAUGAGCAGCGCCCACGUCGACACCAAGCUCGUCUACGAGCGUGACAACAUCUACCUGCCCGACACGGGCAAGUGGCUCUCCUGGGUUCUGAUCGUCCUCGGGGCGCUCAUGCUCGCGGGGUCCUUCGCCGUCCUGUUCUCGACCGACGAGAAGCAGAUCAAGGCCGUGCUGCACUCGUACCACGCGGGCAUGCUGGUGGCGCUCGGCGUGCCGCUGGGCGCGAUGGUUUUCGUCAUGAUCAACCACCAGGUGCAGGCGGGCUGGAUGCUCUCGCUCCGCCGGCAGUUCGAGAACAUGAUGAAGCUCAUCUGGGUCGGGGCCGUCCUGUACCUGAUCGGCGUGGUGAUGCAGCUGAUCACCACGAGCAACGAGGAGCACCAGGUGUUCCUCUUCAAGUGGAUGAACCCGCACUACACCGAGGGGGACGUCAUCUACGAGUCCAAGGCGGGCUACCUGAACCAGUUCUGGUUCGCCGUCCGCGCGGUGGUGUACUGGGUCAUCUGGCUCGGCCUCGCCUACUUCCUCUGGACCUUCUCCAAGCAGCACGACGAGGACCGCGACAAGACGCACAUGAAGUACGCCCGCAAGCUCUCCGCGGUCGGGCUGCUCCUCUUCGCGUUCUCCACCGCCUUCGCCAGCUUCGACUGGAUCAUGUCGCUGGACUUCCACUGGUUCAGCACGAUGUUCGGCGUCUUCUUCUUCGCCGGGAACAUCCUCUCGGCCCUCACGAUGGGCACCCUUAUCCUGCUCAUCCUCCGCCUCCGCGGGCGGAUGCACGGCGCGUUCACCGUCGAGCACCUGCACGACCUGGGUAAGCUGACCUUCGGCUUCAUCGUCUUCUGGGGCUACAUCAGCUUCAGCCAGUACUUCCUCAUCUGGUACGCCAACAUCCCGGAAGAGACCGCCUACUUCCUCAAGCGCAAGAGCGGCGACUGGGAGCUGUUCUCCUACGUCCUGCCGGUCUGCGGAUUCAUCAUCCCCUUCCUCAUCCUGCUGUUCCGCCCGAUCAAGCGAAGCUUCUUCGUCAUGGGCGUGAUGGCGGUCUGGCUCCUCGUGGUGCACGUGCUGGACAUGCUCUGGUACGUCCGCGCCGAAGCGGGCAACGAGCUGUACAUCAUCGACGCGGUCGCCGUGGGCGGCCCGAUCCUGCUGUUCCUCGGGCUGCUGAUCCGCCAGGCCCACCCCAUGAGCGAUCACCACGACGACUGGUUCAAGCACCCCCCGGACGAGGUCCACAUGGAGGCGCACGGAGAGACCAACUCCGUGAUCAUCCUCGCGUUCCUCCUGGCGACGAUCGUGACGGUCGCCGUCACCGGCGGGCUCAUCAUGCAGUACUUCAAGGUCCGCGUCGCCGACCUCAAGGAGGAGGUCCAGUUCACCCGCUCGGACGUCUCCCCCAAGGUGCAGGCGGCCCGCGAGGCCAGGGAGUCCUGGGAACGCCGCCUCAACGAGGCCCACUGGGUCGACCGCGACAAGGGCGUCGUCGGCCUCCCCCUCGACGUCGCCAUGCAGAAUACCCGAGGAACCAUGCGCUCCAGAGCCGCGAACACGCUGACCGCCCGACUCGCCGCGACCGCCGUCGCGCUGGGCGUCGGCGCGUCGGUGUCCGGCCAGCUGAUUCCCAAGGACCUCCCCGAGGAUAUCCAGGGCGUCAAGCUCAUCGAGCACCGCGGCGAGUCCGUUCCCACGGAUAUCCAGCUCGUCGAUUCCAAAGGCAACGCGCGCACGACCGGCGACUUCUUCGACGGCGAGCGUCCCGUCAUCCUCAUCAUGGCGUACUACGACUGCCCGCUGCUGUGCACGCUCGUGCUCAACCGCGCGCAGGACGCCCUCAACGAGAUCUCCUGGACGCUCGGGGACGAGUACCGCGUGCUCACCGUCUCGUUCGACUCGCGCAACACGCCGGAGCAGUCCGCCCAGAAACAGGCGGAGUACCUCUCCGGCUACCGCGAGGUCGUGGCGGACGCGUCGUGGGAGUUCUGCACGACGGACGCCGAGAACGCCAAACGCCUCGCGACCGCGAUCGGCUUCCACUACAAAUUCAUCCCGGAGACGGGGGAGUUCUCCCACACCUCCGUCCUGACCUUCCUCACGCCCGACGGCAAGAUCAACAACUACAUCGAGAACCUGAUCUUCGACCCGAAACAGGUCAAGCUCGCGCUCGUCGAAUCCGCCGAGGGCAAGCAGGGCUCGAUCUUCGACCGCAUCCAGCACUUCUGCUUCAGCUACGACGGCUCCGAGGGCAAGUACACCCUCCACGCGGUGAACGUCAUGAAACUCGGCGGCGGGCUCACGAUGCUCUUCGUCGCCGGUUUCGUCGGCGCCUCCGUCGCCAUCAGCCGGCGCAACCGGGCCAGCCGGAACACCGACACCACGACCGAAACGGGACACGCGAUCCCCGCGAACACCUGA